AAACACUAACCAACAGGUUUUUGCUCAAUACCAUCAACCCCUCUCUCUUUUUCUCUCCUCCUCAAAUCAGUUUAUUGAAUUCAGUUCAAGCAGUUUCAAUCAAUCGAACUCAUUCUUCACAUCUAAUUCAUGGAUACAUCUCCCCAGACCCCUAAAGAAAUUGCCAGUGAAACACCACCUCAAACUCUGAAUGUUGAUCAGAAGAUCAAUCCCCUUAGACUUCCCAAAGCAUUCAAGUCUUUCAAGUGUCCUGAAAGGUAUAUGAGUCCAACUGAUAAAUUGAUGUCCCCUGUUUCUAAAGGACUUCUAGCUAGAAGCAAAAGACCUGGUUCUUUAAUACCACCUUCUGCCAAUCCACCUAAGAUACUUGAUAAGUGUUUUCAGGAUGUUGGUGUGUCUCAAGUCUAAAUGUGGAUGCAUACAUAGAAGAGGGGUUUGGUGAAUAGUAGUUUCUAUAAUUUCGAUAUAUACUAAUGUAUGUAUAUGAUUUCUGGACCUAGUUUGUGUUGUAUUCGGAUUUAUGUUUUUAGGAUUUUUCUAGUGAAGCAAGAUUGUAACGGGCUUUCGAGACAAGCUCUCAAUUAUGUGUACCCUUUGGAAGUAAAUGAAUCGAGAUAGGUGUUCUUUAGUUCAA